ACCACGACCACUUGUUCCAACUGAAAAUCAAUAGUAGCUGAGUCAGAGGAAACGCUGAGAAACCAUUGUCUCAGUUCUUCUCCACACAUCGUCCACUCCACUGAUCUGAUUCUUUUACGCUUCUCUUACUUUUUACAUUUUGUAAUCAGCAUGUGUACAGGAAGGUGUUCUCGUUUCGUUGCGGGGGCCCUGUACCCCCUGGCCUUCAUCUCCAUCAUCUGCAACAUCAUCCUGUUUUUCCCCGACUGGACGGUUGUAUACGCCAAGGGAGGAUACUUAACCGAGGAGGUGAAAUACAUGGGCGGACUGGUCGGAGGGGGACUCAUGGUUAUAGCUCCAGCUCUGUUUAUUCACUGCACUGGUAAGCAAGGAUGCUGCGCUAACCGCUGUGGGAUGUUUCUGUCCAUCCUGUUUGCAGCAGUAGGCGUAUGUGGCGCCCUCUACAGUUUUGCAGUGGCAGUGUUAGGGCUGGUGAACGGACCGUACUGCAAAGUGUUAAUCAUUUGGACGACUCCGUUUAAAGACAAAUCAGAGAGCUACCUGAAAGACCGAAGCAUGUGGAAUCUGUGUACAGAGCCGAAGGGUGUGGUGGAGUUUAACGUGGGUCUGUUCUCCACCCUGCUCGUCUGCAGCGCUCUGCAGCUCAUCCUGUGUGCAUCGCAGAUGAUCAACGGCCUCAUCGGCUGCAUCUGCGGAACCUGUAUUAAUAAAGGGCCUCUGUGAGUGUGUAGCUCACACACCGAGCCCUGACGAGUCAGUGUGAUUGGAAUCAGCAAUUAAUGAUCGGACCUAACUGUAAAGUAUUAAUGUGUUUUGAGUUAAUCAAAGUUAAAUCUAAUAGCAAGUCUAAUAAAGAUAAAAGCUUUAGAGUUAAUCUGUUUGAUGUUAUUGUUCUACUGCCUGACAAAUUGUUCGCUUUUUACUUGUUUUUACUUUUUAUGGUUGAAGAUGGGAGGACGUUUAAUAAACCUCUUUAUAUUGUGA